AUGUAUGUACAGCCGGAUGAACCAAUCCAAGAAAAGAACAGAGAACUGGAGGAAAGGAUUGUUGACGAGGAAUUUCCCGCCUUGAAUGCGACGUCGAUGAAUACGUGUGACGUCUCAUAUGAAUCUCGAAACGCUGUUUCCUUUUCUGAUGUCACUAAAAAUAAAAACACAGGUAAAAAAAAACAGGCCAAGAGUAGUAAUUAUACAACGAGAUCACGUAAAUGCACGGAUCAUAGAGAUACACAAUUUACCGAAGAAAGUAAUCAUGCAAAUUUUGAAGAGAAACAAGCUUUACCAAAUGAAGACAAGAGAGACUUUGAUGUGGUUGAAUUGUUAAGAAGAGUGAAAGAAAUAAUAUUUAUGAGGGUCACGAUAAAAGCGAAGAUUAUUAGUGUGAAUAUAGAUGUUAGAAAUGUUGUAUUGAGUGAAAAUACAGCUCAAAGAAAUUUUAAAAAAGCAGAUUGGAAAUCUUAUACAGAACUACUAGAAAGAUUAUUUUUAGAGUUUAAUGUGUCUAAUGAUUUGCAACACCUAUACGAUAGUUUUGUAGAAAUCAUGUAUCUGGCAGCCGAUAUCUAUAUUCCCUACAUUAUAACAUGCAAUAACCCAUGUAGUAAGUUUACACCGAGGCCUUACUGGAAUCAAAACCUUUCCAAGUCUGUAGCAGAACGACGUUUAGCACUCGCAAAAUUCCGACGUAACCCCAUACCUGAUAAUCUAACCGACCUACAGGAUAAGAUACGUCUAUCACAACUUAGGAUGCGUAAUGCUCGUUCACACUCGUGGCAGAACAUGUGCUCAUCUGUCGACGAGUCUCUGUCGCUGGGUGAAGUAUGGAAAAAGAUGCAAUGGGCUACUAAAAAAACUACACACGAUGUUAUAAUAAAAGUUGAGAAUUUAAAAGUUUGGACUCCAGAAGAAAAGUCAUGGUGGAGACGUAAUCCAACUAAGCCUAGAGAAGUUAUAUUAAACAACAUUUCAGUUCAUAUGAAAACGGGAGAAUUCAUUGCUGUUAUUGGACCAAGUGGUGCAGGUAAAACAACUUAUUUAGUAACUUUGGCUGGAAAAAAUACACUACCAAGUACUGGCAGAGUCACAAUAAAUGGAACGAAUGUUAAGGAAUUACGAGGUUUUUCGGAAAUACUACCUCAGUUUGAUGUUUUUAUGGACAGCUUGAAUGUGAUGGAACAUUUAAUUUUUAUGACAGAAAUGAAAUUGGGCAGCGUCAAAAACCUUACACACAAAUCUAUCUUGAAAUCUUUAAUACAUGAAUUGAAGUUGAAAACUUUAGAAGAUUCUCCAAUCAGUUCGCUUUCGGGAGGCGAACGUAGACUGCUGUCCUUGGCCACGUUGCUAUUAUCGAGACCACAAAUUUUGAUAUGUGAUGAACCAACAACAGGAUUAGAUAGCUAUAACGCAGCACUAGUUAUAGAUGUGCUAAAAAAAUUAUCGGUAUGUGGCAAAAUUGUCAUCUGCUCCGUUCAUCAGCCUUCAUCAGACCUAUUUAAAGAGUUUAAUGCCAUUUCUUUGAUGUCUAAAGGCAAAUUACUGUUUCAUGGAUCACAAGAAGAAUGCAAAAAUAUGUUUGAGAAGAUGAACCUCUACUGUCCACAUAAUUACAACCCUGCUGAGUUCUACAUCAAGGCCGUGUCCAUGGACUUCGAUAAUAAAUGUGGGGUUAGAAACAAACCGCCGCCGGAUGACGAAAGGACCGGUUUCUUAUGGCAGCCGAGG